AUGCAAUCAACUGGAGCUGUAAUACUAACAUUCAUCAGCGGAGCUCUGCUGGUGUUUGGAGUGCUGUGGAAUCUCUUCAAUCUUGUCAUGACCGUCCAGCUGCAGAGGAAAAGCAAAAGUUAUCAGACACUUGAAUUCAUAAUUUCAUGCACCUCACUCUCCAAUAUGAUCUUGGACUUGUCAACGAUUUACAGUCUAUAUUUGUAUGAGUUUAAAAUCUACUGCACUACCGACAUGGGAAGAGUCAUGCCAGUGGUCUUCUUCAUCUUGUUCAUUGCCAGCGCUUCAAGUUUCUGGUCCAUUGCUUGGCUUUGUGUCUUCUACUGUGUGAAGAUCAUCAGCCUACCAGCCACUCUCUUCAUCAAGCUCAAGAGGAAUAUCUCGCUGGUUGUCAACGGGGCUCUCAUCCUCUCUGUGUUCUUCUGCUUCGUCUUGUUCUGCCCAUUUUUGUAUCUUAUUCCAAUAAUGCCAGCAAACGCUACUGCUAACAACACUUACAACAUCAACAACACCCUGGGCACGCCAUGCACCAAACCUGCUUUCAGUUUCCCAGAGACUUUUGCCAGAGAUUUGUACUUUUUUAUCUUUGUGUUAUUUCUAUGUCCCAUCCCCCUCAUAAUCAUGGUGACCACCAGCAGCCAGCUUGUGGUCCAUCUCUACAAACACACCCAGCAAAUGAAAAGAAACCAGAACGAGUUCCAGAGCAGAAACUCCUACCUACUGAUCUGCAAAAUGAUCAUGUCCCUGGUGGUAGUGUAUCUGUUCACCAUCACGCUGGCGUUCGUUUACCUCCUUACUCAUGGAAAAAAAGAACAUAUGUCUGACAAGUCCCUUUUUUUAGAUAUGGCCUUCUACUGUGCAGCAACGGGAGUUCUGUUGACGGCCACUAACAAGAAUCUGAAGGAGAAACUUAUGUCUGUGUCCUGUUGUGGAAAAAUACAGCAGCAGAGUGAGCCAUAA